UUUUUAAGCACGGAGAUUAACUCCUUUUUUUUGUGCCAGAAUCUCUCAAAGUAACGGUUAGUUUUUUUCUUCAAUUAGCCUAAAUAGGUAUUUUUCUGGUUUAAAGUGAAUUUAAAAGAAAACAACCGUUAAGAAACCGUUUUUUUUCUCUACUCUGGACCCCGUCACUAUGAGUCUGUGGACCAACGGCUCCGCCGCGGAUCUUUACGCCGGGACUCAGCGUCAACCGCCCGGCUCCAACUCCUCCAACCGUACCAACGGCUCCCAGCACGACGCCGCCCCGCUGGACCUGAGUCGGGCGGUGCCGGUGGGCAUGGUGCUGGCCUUCUUCAUCAUGUUCGCCAUCGUGGGGAACAUCCUGGUAAUCCUGUCGGUGGUUUGUAACCGACACCUGCGGAUCCCGACCAACUACUUCAUCAUCAACCUGGCCAUCGCGGACCUGCUGCUCGGAACCACCGUGCUGCCGGUGUCCGCCACGCAGGAGGUUCUGGAUUAUUGGGUGUUUGGUCGGAUCUUCUGUGACAUCUGGGCAGCUGUGGACGUCCUGUGCUGCACGGCGUCCAUCAUGUCUCUGUGCGUCAUCUCCAUCGACCGAUACAUCGGCGUCCGCUACCCGCUCCAGUACCCGACGAUCGUCACCGAGAAGCGGGCGCUGCUCGCCAUGCUCGGCGUCUGGAUCCUCUCCAUCGUCAUCUCCAUCGGCCCGCUGCUGGGCUGGAAGCAGACGCCGUCACAGGACGACACCGAGUGUGCCAUCACCCAGGAGCCGUUCUACGCCCUGUUCUCGUCGCUCGGCUCCUUCUACAUCCCGCUGGCCGUCAUCCUCGCCAUGUACUUCCGCGUCUACGUCGUUGCCAAACGCACCACCAAGAACCUGGAGGCCGGCAUGAUGAAGGAGCGCAUGGAGGACUCCAACGAGCUCACCAUGCGGAUCCACUGCCGGAGCCAGCAGAUCCAGGAGCUGUGUCCCGCUGCAGCCAAGGCUGGAGGGGGCGGAGCCCCGGCCGCACGCAGCUCGCUCACCGUCAAACUGCUCAAGUUCUCCCGAGAGAAGAAGGCGGCCAAGACGCUGGGCGUGGUGGUGGGCAUGUUCAUCCUCUGCUGGCUGCCCUUCUUCCUGGUGCUGCCCAUCGGCUCCUUCAACAAGGAUCUUCAUCCUCCUAAUACUUUAUUUAAAGUUAUUUUCUGGUUGGGAUACUUCAACAGCUGCCUGAACCCGAUCAUCUACCCCUGCUACAGCCGCGAGUUCAAACAGGCGUUCAUCCGGAUCCUACGCUGCCGCUGGAAGAGGAAGCGCCAGGGCUGGCAGGCGUACUACAACUACCGUCUCCACGAGGGCUCGCACGCCUCAUCCUUCCUGAACGGCAGCCAGCAGACGCUGUCGUCCGUCGGCCCCAGCCCGCGCUGCGUGGCCUCCAGGCUCCGCCCCCUGGCAGGGCCCGAGGGGAACCCCCUCCCCGGGGUGGCAGGACGGGGGCGCCUGGGCCCCGCGGCCACGCUCGCCGAGGAUCCUGGGGCGGGGGUCAGCACGGGGCGAGGAAGGGCGGCGACAGACAGUCGGAGCGCUAAGAAGCACUGACUGAAAACACACAGCCUGCCGCUGACAGGAAGUGGCUUUUACAAACACGCACAGGUGUCACCGAUGACAUCACAAGAUGCUCUGUUCACUCACGGAAAGUCGUACAGGUGUGAGGACCGUCUCGCUGCCUCCUCGGCCUAAACCAUCCUUUUCAACAUGUCUAUGUCAGAAAUAUGGGUUUCUUUUUAACCAAAUUACCGAAAUAUAACAUGGAUGGUUCCCUGCAACGCUCUCCGCAAGUACAAUUACUGAUCACUAUACUUUCUUUGAAUUUUGUGUGUUUUAU